AUGCAUCCCAAUGCAUGCCACUGCCGUAAUAUUCAGCUACAGAGGCAUUUAUCUGUAUCUACACAGAGAAAAUAUGUUGAAAGUAAAGCAUCUGGUAAAGUGUCGCCUAAUUCAACCAAAGAGAAUAAUACUUCAUUGGAUGUUGAUAAAAGAUAUUUUUCACAAAAUGAGCUUUUAGAAAAUCUAGUCGCUGGUCUUUCGUCUGAUAUUCAUCAGAAAAAUAGAGUGUACAAAAACGAUUUAAUGAGAGUGGUGAAUAAAAUAAAAGAAAUUAACUUCUCUACAAAAAAGCAAUCUAUACUCUUGAUACAAUGCUGCACUGAAUUAUUGCCUGAUGAAUCUCCAGCAUCUAGAAUGAAUCUACUAGACGAAAUUCUCAAAGCAAUCAAACCUCAUACAGAAUUCAAGGUUGAACAUUAUAAUGAACUUUUGCGGGUGUACAUUGCCAAUAACAGGAAUGUUGUAGCUAGCGCCUUCAUUACACAAAUGGCACCAGUGAAACCAAAUACCACAACUUAUGAGCUGAUAUUGCGAGCCCUUGCAGAAUGUGGAGAUUUGAAUCAAAGUACUGAAGUCAUAUCAAAUAUGAAGGCAAAUAAUGUGCCUGCUAAUGAAGAUGUUUUCAAUUCCUUGAUAAUAUGUCAGGCCAAGGCUGGAAAUCUUAACAACAUUAAAGAAGUUUUAAGUGUGAUGAAAUCACUUAAAAUAAAUCAAUCUAUAGACACAUACACAGCUAUUGUUCGUGCUCUUGCUUGGAACAAGAAAAGUGAUCUUGUUUUGGAGGAAAUGAAAAAUGUACAGAAAAGCAGCUUGCAGUUUGAAGAGACUCAUAUAAUGGAAAUUGUCAAAACUCUAGCAGUGUGUGGGGAAUAUGGAAUCAUAAAUCAGGUCCUCAGCUUCUUACCAGCUGAAACCCUUAAUAAGCCUUCGAUAUCGCCGUACAUGCAGAGCGUAGCUACGUAUUUGGUGUUCCAGAAUCAUCCAAUGGUUGCUUUAGAAAUAUACAAAUGUCUACCAUUACCUUCUUUUGGACCCAAGGAUGACAAAGGACUGCACGGGAGAAGUUUAGUCAGGGACUGUGUAAAAGCUGCGAUGCCGUCAAGUAUCAUAGCUCUAGUGACCCAGGAGCUCAUGUCCUCUGGCAGGAAUCCUAUAGCGAUACAGAACGCAGCAGAGGCAGCGCUGCAACUUGGCAAAGUACCUUUGGCAUUGGACAUGUUCACUAGAAUAAAACAACUGGGCAUGCCACUGAGACCUCAUUACUUCUGGCCCAUUUUGAUUCACAAUUGCAAAAGCAAUGGAGAGAAAGGUAUAAUGAGCACCCUAUCGACAAUGAUCACAAUGGACGUGCAAAUAGACUACGAAACAAUAUUGAACUACACACUGCCCUAUGUCAGUUUCACAUCGCCCCAGAAUCUGAUGAAAAAAUUUCUGGACGCCGGCCUCACUGUGUCUACUGUUUUGACGCCGAUGAUGGAGACCUUAUUGAGUUCGGGCCAAGUCAGAGCGGCCAGUGAGAUAUGCGAACUAUUCCAGGGGAAAAUCGAUGCCGAAAAGUUGGUUAAACCCUUGAUGAACGGGUACCUAAUGAGCAGCGACAUAAAGUCUACCGUUUACAUCCUAGAAGACAUGUCGUUGAAGGCUUCGGACAAGAACAAGGAUUGGGUGGGGCGUUUCUUGUGCGUGCUCAUACAGAAUAGGAAGGUGAAGAACAAUCUUGUGGAAUUCCUGCAUAUCAUCAAGGCCAUAAAGUCCACGUCUUUGAAGAUCUCAACGAGCGCCUCUGACUACUGCAUGAGCUGUUUACCUGAGAAAUAUAGCGGGGAUCAUUUCGAUGAUAUCCGAAAUCACCUCAUAGAGAUCAUCGAUGACAGACUAGUCGAUGAAGGGGAAUUGUUGGUUCAGCAUGUUCCACACCCUAAACACAUGAACGAGGAAUCCCUUAAAGCACAUCUCAGUGAAUUGGAAGCAAAAGGAAUGAACACUCGAGGCGUUCUCAGAAAACUGCUGCAACAAUACUGCAGGGAUGGCAACUUGGCAGCUGCCAGGGAAAUCGCUGAGAAGUGCCAAAAGGAGGAUGUUUUCCUAUCGGCCGGCAUGAAAGCGGCCAUAUUUGACCUUCACGUGAAACUAGGAGAGUUGGAUCUUGCCGAAUUGGCAUUGGCAGACUUGAACAAGACCGCGCCAAACUUCAACCUAGACGAAUUCAAAGUUAUAGACUUCGCCACUUUAAUGAUAUACAGGAAGAAGUUCAAACAAGCCAUCGAUUUGAUCAACGAACAAUCGAAGAAAAGGCGCAUAGUCGGCGGUAAUAGUAUAGCGAUGAACUGUUGGCGUCUACUUGAUGCGACAGCAACCAACUGCAGUCACAUAGAGACCCGUCAGAUAUUCGAUCUGCUGGUCAGCUUGCGGUAUUGCAGGCCCACUAACGCGAUACUGGGGCCGCUAGUUCGAGUGCAUUUGAAGAAUGACAACAUUCAGGAAGCCGUGAAUGAAUUCGUUCGUCUCUCCACCAAAUACAAUAAGACGCCAUUGAAGCACGAACUCCUAUGCCGCAUACUUACUGCGAUGGGAGAAGGCAAGUCCGAAGACAAGUUCAUUGCUAACGAAAAGUCUAAUGGGCGAUUGAAUAAAUUCGUUCAGACCAUACUGAACGUGGACAAGAAGGUGCACGGACCGGGCGAUGUUCAGCUCAGUCUGAUAGCCGCUCUGGCAGACGUAGGCUACAGUAAAACGCUACGUAAGAUGCUACUCGAUCCGUCAGUGAAGUUCCACCCGGACGCUUUACUAAGGCGUUGCGAAAAGUUCGCGGACGAGAAGAAGAUCAAACCUCUGGAGGCGAUAGCGGAAUGCUCGAAGGACCUGCGCCAUGUUGACGUCGAUGAAGUUUAUAACUUGAUACUUAGUGUAUACCAGCGCGAAGACAAUGUCCACGGAGCUUUGAACUUAUGGAACCGAAUGCAAGAAUUAGACAUUACACCGUCACAGCAGUUCAUCCGCAAUAUUUGCGCUCUCUUCAAGGCGAACAAUAGGGAUAUACCUUCCGAGCUCUCGGCACUUUUAGAUAAACAGGAUAAGGUUGCCAGUCAAUAA